UAAAGAUCAGCGACUAGAAGCCGAUCAGAGCCCUGUGAACAAGUUUGCUGGGGCCGUCUCAAAAAGGGCCAAAGCUGGAGUUCAGAGCAAUCUUAUAUCUUCUUCUCAAACAGAAAAGGGCAAAGUCUUUGAUGAAUUCGCCGGCCUUUCACAGCCUGAAACCUCUCUCUCUGGUGAACCACAUCUGCAAGAUGCACCCUUAUUUACACUGGAACAAACUAACACUAUGACUUCUCCGUCGCUGGCAAGGAGCUGCGAUGAAAAGAUGCAGGUCGCUUGCCUGAAGAAGGAGAGUGAGCUUGUUUGCUUCUCUGCAGUUGUCACACCGCCACCUUUAACUCAUGUUUUACCUAAAAAAGACACAACCAAGACGAGCUCUGACAAUGCAUCAGCUCCUCCAGAAGCAUUGUCUGCCUCAUCCUCUUCCAACAAUGAUUUGAUGCCAGCAGAAAAAUCCAGACCAAAAGGUCCACCUCCUCCUGUUCCCAAAAAACCUAAAAACCCAUUCAUAAAGCUCAAAACUGCACAGCUAGUAUCUAAUGAUGUGCAAAGAAGAGCCAAAGACCAUCUGCAAUCAGAGGACAGGGCCAAGAGGAGACACACAUUUCAUUUUAACAAAGAUCUUCUCUACAGCACACCAACUAAUCAGGACAUGUGCAUGCUUUGGGAUGAAAGGGGCACGUAUGCUGUACCGGCUAACUUUCGUCGACUGUCGGCUGAUGUCGGUCCCUGGGACCAUCUGUCUCUGAGGGAAAAGGAUGAUCGGUUUGGGGAUAUGAUUGAUUAUGACUAUUGUGUCCGAAUGACAGAGCUUUCACCAGAGGAAGAGCCUCAAAACCUGGACAUGAUGCAGAGGCAAGUGUUCCUAGAGAGGCGCUCCAGGCGCAAAUGGUCACCUCCUCCUUUUAAGGAAAGGCCACAGCAUACUCUGACCAGCUCUCAAAUUAUUGUUGAUCCUAUAGAAAAAAACGAUCAACAACCUGACAGGGUCCACAUCCAGAUCAAUGAAAACAGCCAGAGUGAGCGUCCUAAAGAUUUCACAGGCCCCAUCAGCAGCAGAGACAAAGAAAGAGGCAGCGAGGUGGAUUCAUACAAACCGGUGGCAGAAAUUGUGAAAGAAGCAAACCAAAUGCAGAAACAGCAGAGCCGGGUCAAACCCGAAGUGCCCAAAGCUCAGGUUCGUCUGGUAGAGCAGAACCCUACUUUGAAAGUUUCCCAAAUGAAGAAUGCCUUUGAUAUCCCGAAGAAAUCUAAGGAGAGGCCAACGGAAGUGCAGACAGCUCCAAAGAAAGAUAUGUCGCGGCGAGUUGUGCGACAGAGCAAGUUCCGUCACGUGUUUGGUCAGGCCGUGAGAAACGACCAGUGCUACGAUGACAUCCGCGUCUCCAGGGUAACCUGGGACAGCUCCUUCUGUGCCGUCAACCCCAAGUUUGUGGCCAUCAUCAUAGAUGCAAGCGGAGGAGGAGCAUUUCUCGUCCUUCCUUUGAACAAGACCGGCCGUAUAGACAAGGCGUACCCAACAGUCUGUGGUCACACAGGCCCAGUGUUGGACAUCGACUGGUGUCCUCAUAACGAUCAUGUCAUUGCCAGCGGCUCGGAGGACUGCACAGUCAUGGUGUGGCAGAUCCCAGAGCACGGACUGGAGGGUUCCCUGUCGGAGCCUGUAGUCGUCUUAGAGGGCCACUCUAAAAGGGUUGGCAUUGUUUCGUGGCAUCCCACUGCUCGUAAUGUUCUGCUCAGUGCUGGCUGUGACAACCAGGUGGUCAUCUGGAACGUGGGGACGGGAGAGGCCAUGAUCAGCCUGGACGACAUGCACCCGGAUGUUAUCUUUAGCGUCAGCUGGAGUCGUAACGGCAGCCUGCUCUGCACGGCCUGCAAGGACAAAAAGGUCCGCAUCAUCGACCCUCGUAAAAGGAAGAUCGUGGUGGAGAAGGACAAAGCCCAUGAGGGAGCUCGACCAAUGAGAGCCAUCUUUUUAGCGGACGGAAACAUUUUCACUACUGGAUUCAGCCGCAUGAGCGAGCGUCAGCUGGCCCUUUGGAAAUCUGACAAUAUGAAUGAGCCCAUAUGUGUCCAAGAGAUGGACACCAGUAAUGGAGUUCUGCUGCCGUUCUAUGAUCCAGACACUAACAUAGUCUACUUAUGUGGGAAGGGAGACAGCAGCAUUCGUUAUUUUGAGAUCACAGACGAGGCGCCGUAUGUUCAUUAUCUCAACACCUUUUCGACAAAGGAGCCCCAGAGAGGCAUGGGUUACAUGCCCAAGAGAGGCCUGGAUGUCAACAAAUGUGAAAUUGCAAGGUUUUAUAAACUGCAUGAGAGAAAAUGUGAACCGAUCAUCAUGACUGUCCCACGUAAGUCUGACCUGUUCCAGGAUGACCUGUAUCCGGACACGGCCGGCCCCGAUCCCGCCCUGGAGGCAGAGGAGUGGUUCGCCGGCAAGAACGGAGGCCCGAUCCUGAUCUCUCUCAAAGACGGCUAUGUCUCCACCAAAAACCGGGACCUGAAGGUGGUUAAAACGAACAUCCUGGAGAGCAAGCCAGCAACGAAAGUAGAAAGCAUCCCCACCAUCCAGAAACAUGCUUCUCCACAAUCCACUGUUAAAAUGGAAGACAAACUGGAAGAGGUACUCCGAGAGUUCAAGUCACUCAGGGACCGUGUCAUCCUUCAGGACCGCCGGAUCGCCCGACUUGAAGAGCAGGUCGCCAAGGUCACCAUGUAAGAUGCAGAGACCCUUGCCAGGACUGCUGUUUUCCUCAGCAGUCAGCUGCGGCCAAAUUCUCAAGAUUCGGCUUGACCGAGCUUGGUGUCGGUCCCAUUCCGUCGAGACCAAGCCCCACAUUCCAAGACCAUCUUUAUUUUACGCUCAUCGGUCCUCCUGUUUCACACUCUGCCCUGACUCCCUCAGAGAGAAGAGGGAAAACACUUUUAGAGGUCAUGUUCACAUCUUUAAGAAAAAGACGUUUUUCUUUUUUUUUUUCAUUAAAGGAAGUCUUAAAUGUUUUUAUUUUUUAAAACGUGGUGAAACAUUCUUAUGUGAAGAUUGUACUUACUGCUCAACAACCGUAGCAUCAGUAUUUCCAUUGUUCUUAUUGUGUUGCCAAAUAUGAAUUGUGUGCCGUUUCAUGCACUGCUUUUACGUCACUGUUUUUUUUUACCCUGCUGUUGUACAUUCCAGUCACAAGAAGGUAGAACAGUAAAAGUCAAGCUGGAUUUUUUUAUUUUUAUUUUAAACGCUAGCUGUCAGACUGUUUUCUUCCCACCAGUUCGCCUAUUGGUGUCAGUCAGUUAUAGGAAUAUGGAAGACAUCCUAAAAACAACUCUCUCCUACCCUUUUGUGGCUUUAAAACUUACCAUUGAGGCCCCAGUGUAGAGAUGGAGGGUGGGUGUGUGGUGCCUCUUGUCGAACUAAAGUUGCCCUCUCUAUGACCUGUUGGUAUUGGGAAGGACCCACUGGCAGCCUGUGUUUUACUGAACCGUCGACAGACAGCUCUGCACAUAAAUAAAGGUUUUUCACAUGAAAA